UGGCGUUGUGCUUGGUAAGCCUCUUAGGACGCACGACCACGACAGAUGUAAAGAAUGCCAAUCAGCUGCUCCCGCUGAGCAGAGAAACUUCACACACAGUCUCUUCUACGCCUCUGACACACUUCACAGUAAAACAGCUUAGCGGGCAACCUAAACACCAACAGAACCACGUCAGGAAGAUGGUCUGAGGCACAUCUGAAUCGACUUAUAUUUCAGACAAAAUCCAGUUCCGUAAGCAGAGAGCGGCAUGUUACCCCGCUAUGUCGGGAACCAGAAGCCCUGCCGUGUUUCAGAGCCGUUUGAUGGAGGAGACCGUCCCUCGGUCCCGCCGCGGUGCUGCAAGAACCGGGACUUCCCUGUGAACAUAAGGCGCCGCUGGUCCGGCUCCACUCCUGAGCGCAAGGUAAACUGCGUUCUGGUCGGGGACGGAGCCGUGGGCAAGAGCAGCCUUAUCAUAAGCUACACCACCAACGGAUAUCCCACAGAAUAUGUUCCCACGGCGUUUGAUAACUUCACUGUGAUGGUUGUGGUUGAUGGGAAACCAGUCAGACUACAGCUGUGUGACACUGCUGGACAGAAAUGGGGGCCAGUUGAUGGGUCAGUUAAUGAUGAGUUGGAGCGCCUCCGACCGCUCUACUACAAGAAUGCUGAUGCUUUCCUCCUCUGCUACAGCGUGGUUCGCCCCUGCUCUUUCCAUAACCUCAACAACAAAUGGAUUCCUGAGAUCCGUCAACUCUGCCCCAGUGUUCCUCUGGUACUGGUUGGUACCCAGUUGGACCUAAGAGAAGACGUGCAAGUUUUGAUCCACCUAGCACAGAACCAACAGCGGCCAGUGACCACCGAGGAAGGCCAGAGGCUGGCCCUGGAGCUAGGGGCGGCGGGCUUCGCAGAGUGCUCAGCGCUGACUCAGAAGAAUCUGAAGGACACUUUUGAUGCUGCCAUCUUGGCCAGCUUUGAGCAGACAGACAGUAAUGUGGUCCAGCAGCAGAGGCUGACUCUGAGGAAGAAGACCCCCGAUAAGAUUAAGAGGCUUUCAGAGAGCUGGUGGAGGAAGCUCAACUGUUUGAUUGCCUCUUCAGUGCAUUUCUAUGGUGACUUCUGCGCUUUGUCUUUUGCUUGAAAAACACAAGAGGUGUCUCAUCACACAGACUAAUUGAGACAGCAAAAUGUGUCUCUACCUCAGAAAUCAGUCUCAGAAUGUGAGGCAGAGCAUUCCCUACAUGGUUCUGCUGUGAUCUUGAGUAAAGCUUAAGAUUACAUCCUCUCUUGGCUUUGCUCUCUGAUUCAGAGCUGACCUGUUGGAACCUCCUCUAAUAGAAGAGGACAGGACCACCUGGACUGGAUUAGAACAGCAUAUGGAGCCCGAUUUCCUUACCACAGAGACAUCACGCCUCAAGAAGAAAGACAAGCUGUUCACUCCACUUUAAAGAUAAUACAGUGCCAUUUAAAGGUGUACAUCUACUCGCCAUGGUAAUCAAUGCCAAAAUAAUUGACAGGAAAUGUUGAAAUGAUAUUCAGUCAUCUCUCAUGUAAUACAGGCUGUGGCCAACUGGAGGCAAUGAUGGAAAAUAAAUAUUGAAAAUGGCUGCUUGA